GUUCAUUAUUUCUGACUUCACUCUCCAACGACCAAGAACGAAUCGUUCUUUUGACUCGAUUCCUUUCAAUGAAUCAGUUGAGCCGAUUCACACAAUAGGUCUGAACCAUUCCUGUACGCAUCGAACUGAACAGUCCUAGUGGUGCUUGAAUCAAACUGUUCGAAAGAAUCGAUUCUCGCGCUACUAUAACGUCAUCACAAUGGCCCGGAAUUUCCUCUUCGCCAGAUCUGGCGCAUGCGCACAUCGAAAAAGAAUGCGGACUUCGCAGCUCUCCCAAUAUUAAACUGUUUGAUGGCCAUAAUUCGAUAAAUCAUGUCGAAAGCACCAUCUCAGCCCGGUUCUUCGGGUGCCGCUGCCAACCUGGGACCUUCAUCGUCCUCCUCCUGCUCCUCACCCUCGGCAGGUGGCACGACGUCCCCCGCUAACGUGCUGCACGCACAGCCCGAGAAACCCCAGCACUACACGUAUCUGAAGGAGUUUAGGACGGAGCAGUGUCCCCUAUUCGUACAGCACAAGUGCACUCAGCACCGGCCCUUCACCUGCUUCCACUGGCACUUCCUGAACCAGAGACGGCGGAGGCCGAUUCGCAGACGAGAUGGAACUUUUAAUUACAGCCCUGAUGUGUACUGCGUUAAAUACGACGAGGGCGCAGGGAAUUGUCCUGAUGGAGAUGAGUGUCCGUUUUUGCACCGAACAGCCGGAGACACAGAGAGGCGGUAUCACCUGCGGUACUAUAAGACUGGCUCCUGCAUCCACGAGACCGAUGGGAAGGGCCACUGCAGUAAGAACGGCCCUCACUGUGCCUUUGCUCACGGCUCCCAUGACCUGCGUAGCCCUGUCUAUGACAUCAGAGAGGUUCAGGUAUUAGAAGCCCAAGCUGCAACUGGAUUGGUUGAGGGAACAUCUGGAGAAGGGCAGUCAGGAGUUGUGGCCAGCACUGCACUCAUAGAAAAGACCCUGAGUGAAGAUCCACGCUGGCAAGACAACAGUUUUGUGCUCUCCCACUACAAAACUGAGCUUUGCAAGAAACCUCCUCGGCUGUGCCGUCAGGGCUAUGCAUGUCCCUACUAUCACAACAGCAAAGACCGCAGACGGAGCCCUCAUAAGCACAAAUACAGAGCCCUGCCGUGUCCCUCAGUGAAGCACAGUGACGAGUGGGGAGACCCCAGUAAGUGUGAGAGCGGAGAAAGCUGCCAGUACUGCCACACGCGGACAGAACAGCAGUUCCACCCGGAGAUCUACAAAUCCACCAAAUGCAAUGACAUUCAGCAGAGUGGCAACUGUCCCAGAGGGCCGUUCUGCGCUUUUGCUCAUUUAGAAAAAGUAAGUGUCAGUGAUGAGCAGCUGGCCGCACAAUGCAGUUCACCUCUUGCAACUUCCUGCCCCAAUACCUUUGAAGACUUCUGCCAGAGUGGCCCGAGUGCCACCACAGAGGAAGGGCUGCUGGGAAGGGUUCUGUUUGAGGAGUCCUCCAGUCUUGAUGCCUGUCUAGGAGGAGAGGGGGGUUAUGGGAAAGCCCCUGGGUUUGAGAGGGAAGACCAGGCCAAAUAUAGAAGUUUUUCAAUGGAACAUCGCAGCAGAGACAUUUCCUCCAUGCACAGCAAACAGGAUUUGUUGGUGUUUCUGCCUGUCGGCAGUCCUCUCAGUAUGUCCUCGAGCGUACCUUCCAGCCUGGCAGCCACCCCACCCAGCCCUGCACCCCCCGGCCUCUCUUCAGGCAUGAACGCCAACGCUCUUCCUUUCUACCCUACAAGUGACACAGUUGAGUCUGUAGUGGAAUCUGCCCUGGAUGAUCUGGACCUGAAUGACUUUGGAGUCUCAGCUCUUGAGAAAAGUCUGGAGAGUUCGGCUCUACCCAGCAUGGGCCUCAUGUUAGGAGGCAGUCAGUUACAGAGUUCAGCACCUGUCAACAUCCCUGGCUCCCUAAGUAGCCCAUCGUCUUUCAGAUCACCCUCACCUUCUCCACCAAUCAGAGCUCACCAUUCGCCAUUCCUCUCAACCCAGUUGUCACAGCCCAACCAAUCAGAGAGCAGCUUUUUGGGGACCUCCCAUGGUUCUUUAGGUUUAAAUGGCAUGAACAGCAGUAUUUGGGAACAUUUUCCGACAGGCCAAAGCUCGCCGGGUACCCCCCCUGCCCUGCUCUCCACGGGGAGCAUGUAUGCCGAGGCGUCACGUCUCAAACAGGAAGUGGAGGAUGCACACAGGGUGCUGAAACACUGGGACCACAGCUGGAGACAGAUGGCCCAGUCAUUGGCCGUCUUAAAAGCAGACGCAGAGGAAGCUCGUCACGUGGUGGGGCAGCUGGGAAUGGAGGCGGAGCGAGCGCGGCAGGCUGAAGUGGAGGCGCAGCAGCAAGCAGCUCUCCUGGAGGAGGCGCUAGAGAGCUUACGGCACGCAGAAAACCCACAUCUACAGCUUCACCAGCUACAGUUACUGCACAGACUUCCACUCAGCUCCAUCUGCAGCCUGCAUGCACAGAUCUGCUCCUGCUUACGCACCGUAGAACAGGCUGUGUUCAGGAAGCAGAGAUUGUAUUGUCUAUCUUGCGAUGAGAUGGGAUCAGUGACGUUACCAUGCCAACAUGGCCUUCACUGCGAACGAUGUGCAUCCUCGACAGAAUGCCCGCUGUGUACCGAACACCAGUAGAGCAUGAAUAUCCCACCGUCAUAAACUCUUGACGUAAUUCUAAUGCUUUAAUCCAGACACUAAACAUAAAGCCUGACCCCUCACAGGAUCUCAUUUGGAUAUUGCCGAAGUUCUCGGUUUAAAGCGGGGGCUAAAUGUAUCCUACAAAGCCCAAAUCUAAAAGAAAUGAAACCACCUCAGCCUUAUCUUGGCUAAAAGCUGAGACUUUAUUGAGAAAUAUGAUCUUGUUAGAUGCAUAUUGACCAUAUCAAUAAGACAUGCCAUGCCAUAUCCUUUACACUAGCAUGCAAUCAGUCCUAAACCUCAGUGGGACCAUUUUCUUCCUCAAAAAGAAAAAAUUAUGACAUACAUGAUCAGUUUGUGAUAUUUUCAUGUUUAUUGUGGGGACAAAACAUCACAUAUAUAAUAAUAUGCCUAUGUCUCAUUGUAAUCAUAAUUUCCCAUGUAUUAAUAAUUGAGUUAGUGCUUAGAUGAAACGCAUUGAGAGAUUAAGGAACCAUUUAAGUGAUUAUCAUACCAAAUUCUAAUAUUCCCUAUAUGCUUUAUGUAGAAGCAUAACACAUACAACACAUAUAUAGUAAGAC